AUGUUUGUCACGGAACAAUGUACGAUCGGUGUAAUGGCAGCCUUUGGCGGUACUCCAUUACUGUAUAUAUUCGAUGUUUUAAAUGUGGAAAAAUUACAUCCAUUACCUACUUCGGAAGAAGUAGGAAUGGUGGUGAUUUCGGCUGUUUUUGGCACUCUACUUGGUGACUACCUGUGGCUGACAGCUGCUGGACUGACGGAUUCCCUUUUAGCGUCACUCUCAUUGACNCUUGCGAUACCCUUGUCGUUCCUUGCAGAUGCUAUAAUCCGGGGUAAUCCACCGACAGCCAUACAACUCCUAGCUGCCAUCCCGAUCACCGUGUCGUUCGUCGGUGCCGCUUUAGUGGGGCACAAAAGAACGUCACCACAAGCUCCUGAAACCCGACACUCAUCAGAUGAGGACGAUUCGGCGGCGUUACUCGACAACGAUGAGUCCUAA